UCAAUUAACCCAGGAAACGCAGGAGAGCGGCUGCUAGGUAGCUCUCCCACCCCUCUAUUUCAUCACGCCCCCCACCAGGCCUCUCACCUUUUCUUUCUCUUCUCUGAUACCCACUUUUUACAACCCGGCAGCAAGCACUGCCUGCUUUUUCCCAGCCUCUUUGCACUCUUCAUCUUCCCCCACCAAAUUUUUCCUUUCCUUCACUGCAGCUCGCACCUACGCGUCCGCGCCCAAGAAGAAAAAAAUGCCUCCCAAGAAGCAGGUCAAAGAGGAGAAGCUCCCGCUCGGCAGGCCAGGAAACAACUUGAAGACUGGUAUCGUUGGCCUAGCAAACGUCGGCAAGUCGACCCUCUUCCAAGCCAUCACCAAGUGCUCCCUUGGUAACCCCGCCAACUUCCCAUAUGCCACAAUCGACCCAGAAGAGUCGCGCGUCAUUGUCCCAGAUGAGCGCUUCGACUGGCUAGUACAGCACUACAAGCCCAAGUCGGUCGUACCUGCCCACUUGACCAUCUACGAUAUUGCUGGUCUCACGCGCGGUGCUUCGACCGGUGCUGGUCUCGGUAACGCCUUCUUGUCGCACAUUCGCGCCGUCGAUGCCAUCUUCCAAGUCGUCCGGUGCUUCGACGAUGCCGAGAUUAUCCACGUUGAGGGUGACGUCGACCCUAUCCGUGACUUGGACAUUAUCGCCGAGGAGCUGCGCCUGAAGGACAUUGAGUUCACCGAGAAGGCACACGCCGCGCUUGUCAAAGAGACAAGGAGAGGCGGUCAGAGUCUGGAGAUGAAGAAGCUCAAGGAGGAGCAAGCCACAGUUGAGAAGGUCCUCGAGAUGCUCAAAGACGGCAAGGAUGUCCGGAAGGGCAACUGGUCGCCAAAGGAGGUCGAGCACAUCAACCCUCUCUUCCUCCUCUCUGCCAAGCCCGUCGUCACUCUUGUCAACCUCAGCGAGAAGGACUACAUCCGCCAGAAGAACAAGCAUCUCCCCAAGAUCGCCGAAUGGGUCAAGACCAACGCCCCCGGUGACCCAAUCAUCCCCAUCUCUGUGCAGCUCGAGGAGCGCAUCGCGGUUAUGUCCGACGAGGAGGCCGCCGAAGAGCUCAAGAACCUUGGUACCAAGUCGGCGCUGCCCAAGGCCAUCCAGGUCAUGCGCAAGGCCCUUCAGCUUGGUAGCUUCUUCACAACCGGUACCGACGAAGUCCGACAAUGGACAAUAAGGACUGGCACCAAGGCGCCACAAGCUGCUGGUGUCAUUCACGGUGACUUCGAGAAGACCUUCAUCCAGGCCGUCGUGUACAACUACAAGACGCUGCUGGAAGAGGGUGAUGAAGCCACUUGCAAGGCAAAGGGCAAGAUCAUGACCAAGGGCAAGGAUUACGUUGUCGAGGAUGGUGAUAUUCUCCUCAUCAAGGCUGGUGCCGCGAAGGCAUAGACAGCUUGAUGAGUCUUGGCCAUGUGUGUAUGUGUUUAUGAUCUAAAUGCGCGUCUUAUGAUGAGCUAUAUGAAAAGCAGCUAGACUGCACUGAAUGAAUGAGAAUAAACAUGAUCACGAACAAA